UCAGUGGGCGGCGUUGCGAAUCGUUUCCAUGGCGAAUGAGCAGCUCCAUUGUGAAUGUUUCGAUUUCCCCACAAGUGGCGCGAGCGCUUAUAUUUAAUUGGAGUGCAUGGAUAUCUUCACGGCACGACACAGCAGAUAGCGCGUGGGAGGCUGACUGCCGGAAUGUCUCUGUAGAGGUUGAGAAAAACCACAGUGUAGUAGAUGUAUUGCGUCUAACGGGCUGGGAAUAUCUAUGGCCCAGGUGGCGCAAUGUUGGCAGAUGGCAGCCACUUGCAUCUGAAACAUUUGCACAGGAGGCGAAGGCAACCUUCAAGUACGUUGACCAAUUGCAACAGGAGGAUGAUUUGAUCUCCAAGCCCGAGUUCAAACUUGCAUUCAGUCUGGCAGCAACAGAACUCUCAAUCUUUCCAUUUUGUGUGUCUUUGCAUGAUCGCUUUUGGAACAACAGCCAAGCCUGGGCUUUAACAGCUGGCGCCACUGACGCCAUGAACCGAUCAAGGUGGGACUUGGUUUGGUCGCGAUACGUUCCACCUUUGGACUUCUCGAAACCCUCCAGUGAUUCUGCUUUCCACUACCUUGAUGCUGAUGCAGAUGACAGCAUUAGCAAGCAAGAAUUUGAAUCCCUAUUCAAACUUUGUCACAACACUCCUACUUCUAGCACGUUCAGAUCAACUUCAAGCGCUCCUACCUCCCCUACUACAUCCAGCAGAAUUACCACAAUGACUACAUUGUCCACAUCAACAUUGACCACAUUCACAACACCAGUCUCGUCGACAACGUUGCUUUCCUCUACUGCGUUAACAACGCGAACAACAUCUAGUGGAUCAAGUUCAUGGACAAGCUUGGCUUCAACCACUACGUCCUCAAGAUUGUCGCAACUGACGACUAUCUCAACGCGUACUGCCACAUCCACAUAUGCUUCAGCUGUGGUGUUGCCUGCUAAACAUGUGCAUACCCAUUGCUGCUAUGAAGUGUCGGCUCAAUGCUUGUCAUGCAUUGCUGGAAUUACCGUAGAGGAGCUUUGCUCCAGAGAUUCAAUGAGUCUCACACCAGGCUGCCAGGGCGCGCCAGUGGUGAUUGCGCAGGCUGCGCCGGGUGGCCCCCACGCCAAUGCCGAAGUCAGCACAACUUUGCCACCCCACUACAAGGAGGUUCGAGAAGAUCCGACAAAUCACGUCGGGUGCCCAUUGUUUGGCAUGGCAUACUCUCCUGCUCUUCCUGGCUUCAAAGAAAGCAAGGAGGAGGGAAUAGCUGGGUGCCAGGCAAGGUGCCAUCAGUCCCUGGGCUGUGGUUUCUUCAGCUUCAGGAGGAACUCAGGCCGCUGUCAACUUCAUCCACUCAACGCCACCUGUGUGGUGGAUCCUGAGGCAAUUGCUGGCCCGCCACUUUGCAUUGCUCGGUUUCAGGCCCGGGUAGCUUCAGUUGACUUUGGGCUACUGUCGAAGGUGCAAUUGACCAACCUCCACGCCAGCCUCCCAAAUGCUUUUGCUCAGCACUGGCAUGUUCCUUCCUCAAAGGUUUUGGAUGUGGAAGGGAAAGCAGGUGCUGUUACCCUCAUGCCUGGCAGCCUUCUGGCAGAGGGCAAGGUUUUACUGCCAGCUGGCACAGCAGUGGCUGACAUUGAAAAGGCUUCGGAUCAGGGCAAGAACUUGGAGCUGCGGAAGGAGGUCUCCAAGAUUUUUCUCAGCAUGGACGUGCCGUAUGAGCCUGAUAUUGGCUCUAGCGAUGUGGAGGCAGGAUUUCCAUUGAGCAUGGUCAUUCAAGCACAGCCUGACUGCUUUUUAGCUCGGUGUCGGCGCCAAAAAAGGAUGCUUCCCAAGAGCGGGCUCUAGCAAGAAGGCCGUCUCGGGCAAAAGAGGGUACCUCCGAAAAGCGGGUUCUAGCGAUAGGGCAUUGGACAAAGCAGGACAACGUUCUGUUUUCCUCCGCUGAGCAGGAGAAGGUGCGGGCUGAAUCUGUUGCCGCUUGCCAGAAGAUGUGUGUUGAGUCUGGGGUUUGCGAAGUCUUCAGUUUCUUCGCCAACUCCCACCAGUGUUUUUUGCAAGGGGGAAACUUGAGGGCGGUCCACAAUGAGGAUGCUGUGUCUGGCCCUGCCAAGUGUCCUUCCAUUCCCCAUGUCCGUGCCCGUGCCUGGGCUGACCAGUUGCCAGGAGAAAUUGCCGCAGAGUCCAAAGCAGCCAUGGAUGCAAUUGAGAAAGUUCCGGCACCGUAUUUGAUUUUGGCGUGCCUUCUGAUGCUGGUGCUGAUGGUAUUUUGCAUUAUGCGUUGCUGUCGCUCACAGGGGAAAGGCAAGAAGCCAGCUGGGAAAUGGCACAAACAGGCUCUCUACUUGCCUAUCGCUGAAGAUGAGGACGACCAGGGCAUCUCAGCACCAGGAGCCCGAGAGGUCAGAAGCAGGACUGAGGAAGCUGGCUCUGAAGUGGUGCAAGGUGCACAAGCCCCCUGGUCACCUCCUGAUGCCUUCGGCUUUCACGGUCCAGAAAAGCUGUCUUGGAGGCAGCCAGGUGCGCAGGCUCUUUGACGCAAAAAGGCGUUGAACCUACGUGCAAGCCAUGACUGCCAAUGCAUCGGCUUUCGGCCAU